AUGGCUGCUCGACCAACGCACUCGCGGACCGUAUCGACCAAUCUGGGCACUAGCUCCAGCUCUCGCGUCCUUCAAGGCAGAUUGGCCAUUGUCACGGGUGCAUCAAGGGGUAUUGGCGUCGAGAUUGCCCGCAACUUGGCCAGCAAGGGCAGCAACAUCGUGCUCAACUAUACAUCCGACUCGUCGACCAAGAUCGCCGAAGAUCUCGCGGCCGAGCUCCAGUCCGAAUAUGAUGUCAAGGCUAUCGCGGUGCAGGCCAGCAUGGGCUCAGAGACUGGGCCAAAGCACCUUAUAGAAAUAGCGAAGAACAAUUUCCAACACCCCAAGACGGGCAAGUUCCAGCUCGACAUUAUCAUCAACAACGCCGGGGUGGCUGGAAACAACUAUGUUGAGAACGUAGACUGUGAGGACUUUGCAAGGCAGUUUAACAUCAACGUACGGGGUCCCCUGCUGCUUCUGCAGGCUGCGAUACCGUAUCUGCCCAACGACCGCUCUGGUCGCAUUGUCAGCCUCUCCUCAGUUAGCUCGUCGCUGGGAUACAAAGGUCAGUCUAUAUACGGCGGCACAAAGGCAGCUCUAGAGAGUAUGACACGGACGUGGUCUCGAGAAUUGUCAGAGCGAUGCACGGUCAACACUGUCAACCCUGGUCCAGUAGCGACGGAUAUGUACUGGGGCAACGAUGAGGCGUUCAUUGCGCAGAACAAGCCAUUCAUCGAGAACACGCCCCUUGCAACCCCAAGGAAGGGCAUUGACCCAGAAAGGAUCUAUGAGGCUUCGCAGAACGCAGGAGGACGACCAGCGUAUAGCGAGGAGGUUGCUGGUGUGGUCGGUAUGCUUUGUCUGCCCGAGGCAGGAUGGACAACAGGCAGUGUCAUCUGCGCGAACGGCGGCAUGAAGUUCAGCGUCUAG